CCGUGCCGUACUGUCUGCUUCUGCUGUCAAGUACAGGUUAGGUUUCCCUCCUGCUGUGUUGUUUACGUACCUUGCAAGUGUUGCAAUGGAGACAAUUCCGUUGGGCGCGGACUCUGUAGCUGUCCCCGUGGAACAACAGGAGGCUUCUAAUUUAGGAGAAACACUGGCACCAGUGUCCACGGAGCCGACAACUGGUGCUCCUGCUUCGGCUGCUACUGGAACUGGACUGACAGUGGGACAGACUGUUGGACCUCCCGGGCCGCCGACUGGAGCUGAGGAGCUCGAAGCGGAAGAGGAGGAAGAAUAUGUUGCUCCUCUAGGCUCAACAUCAUCUGGGCGGAAACGGCUGUUUUCUAAGGAGUUGCGGUGCAUGAUGUAUGGCUUUGGAGAUGACCAGAAUCCAUACACUGAGAGUGUAGAUCUUCUGGAGGACUUAGUAAUUGAAUUUAUAACUGAAAUGACCCACAAGGGUAUGGAAAUUGGACGAACAGGAAGAGUGCAGGUUGAAGAUAUUGUUUUCCUUGUCCGUAAAGACUCACGCAAGUAUGCACGUGUUAAAGACUUAUUAACAAUGAAUGAAGAGUUAAAGAAGGCCAGAAAGGCUUUUGACGAAGUGAAAUAUGUUGAUCCAGAAUUAGUAUUAUGAACUUGCUUGUCAAUCUCAGUGAUUUUUCUUUGCAGCUUGACAAAUUCUACUGCAUCAAACUGUUCAAAGAGAAAUUUUGUUCUGGAUUUAUUUAUAAGACUGGCGAUAACAAUUAAAGCGAGAUUUGUUUUA